AGCUCACAUAAUAUAGAAAUAAACCUGCGCCACACGUAUACCAGUUACCAGUUAUAAUGGAAAUAGGCUAGUGGUAACCUACUGUAACCAUCAUAUUAUAUAAUAAAUUAUCAACCGUUCAGUAUUUUCUACAUAAAUAAUUAUACAUAGUAUUUUUUUUUUUUUUUAAUAAAAACAAUGCGGUUUAUUAAAAUAAAAUAUGCUUUUGCCUAUAUUGUGAUUUUACUGACGCUAAUGACAUUUUUAAUAAGUUUUAAUUUCAUUCCAACUGGAUUUGAGCAUAGUUUUUUCAGGACAAUCAUUGAAUCGCAGUCAACACAACCUGCAAUGGUAACAGAGAACAAACGUAUAUUUUUUAUGAAAACACAUAAAUGUGCUAGCUCUACUGUUCAAAAUAUACUGAUGCGAUUUGGUCAUAUGGAAAACCUUGAUUUUUUGUUACCAAAUAUGAAUAAUUACAUAGGAAAUCCUAAACAUUUUAACACAAGUAUGAUAAGUAAUAAUUAUUCCACCGUGGAUGGCAAGUUUGACAUGUUUGUUCAUCACACCAGAUAUUCCCAAGAAAUAAAAUCUGUGAUGAGAUAUGGUACAAUUUAUGUCACUAUUCUUCGGGAACCUACGGCAUUGUUUCAGUCAAUAUACUCGUUUUACCAUUUUGAUAAAAAAUAUAAAUGCAAUCUAACUGAGUUUAUCACCAAUAGGCUUUCGAACAAAUCAUCUACAAACCAAAUAAAACGUUACAGUAACAAAUUAGGAAUAAAUCAAAUGAAUUGGGAUUUGGGAAUGGAUACAAAUGAUUUUGAAAACAUUGAAAUGAUAAAUAAACACAUAAAUAUGAUUGAAAGAGAUUUUGACUUUGUUAUGAUAUUUGAAUAUUUAGAUGCAUCUCUUGUUUUGUUUGCGCAUUUCAUGCAAUGGCCAUUAGAGCAAAUGGCUUACUUACCACUUAAUACCAGAAAUAAUACAUAUAAACAAAUAUUAUCAAAUGAUGAUGUUAAUCGAUUAAUACAAGUCAACAUGGCAGAUAAUAUGUUAUACACACGAUUUGUACAAAAAUUUAAAGAAAUGAUAAACAAAUAUGGAAUAGAAAAGCUAAAAAAAGGAAUUAAAAGCUUGAUGGCCAUAAAUCAAGAAAUAUUAGAAAUGUGUGUGCAAUCGGUGGCAAAUAAAGGUUAUGCUAGAACAACAUCAUACAAAUUAAAAGCAAAUGCAAAAACGAUGUGCAAGUAUAUUGCAAUGAAUGAAUUGAAAUACACAUCACACCUAAGGGAAAUACAAUAUGAAAGACAAAAGAAAUAUAAUGCGCUGGAUAAAUUAAUGAAUGAUAACUAAAUAUUAUAAAAUAUAUUAUCAUAUAAAUUAAAAAAACAUUGUUGAAUUACAAA